AUGGCAGUAAUGGCACUGAUUUGAGACCACUUUGCGCUCAAAUGUUGUCUUAAAAUGUAUUUAAGAAAUAAUAGCCAUUCAAAGGACGCGGAAGAGUCGGCCACACAAUCACCCAAUGAAUCCAAUUCAAUUGCCGGCAAAUCCAAUGCACGGAAAGGCUUUCUUCGAGGGAUGACUACAACAGAAACUCAUGACAAACAGAAAGUGAUGUUAAAUACGGUUCGGACGCACUCUCGCACCCGAUCCGAGUCAUCACAACCGACUGACACCACCCCUGACGCCACCCCUGACCCCAACCCUCGCACCAACCCAUGCUCUACACAACCCAUGCCUACCAACCCUAACACCGGCACCAAAGAUAAGGCGCGAAAGACAUUCGCAAUGCCUUUACCACCAAAUAGUAGUGUCGUUGACAAGACUUCGUCGACCACUCCAUCCGAAUCCAACUUCUCUCAAGACGAGGGGUCGAGUCAUUCAACUGCCGGAACGCCGGGGAAGCGGAAGAAGAGGCGCUUCUAUAAGGGCGCGACUUAUGGGCUCUUUCUCUCCAAAAAGAGAAAGAAAUUAAAGGAACAAAAGAAAGCAUUGAAUCCAAAGUCAAGCUCUAAAUGCCUGACCAUUAGUGGCGCCGAUGGAGAGGACAGCUCUCAAUCAUUUGCUGCGAACUCGGAAUCUGACGAAUCAUCGGAUCUGUCCAACGGUGACGACAACCCAAACCAUACUAACGAUGACAUUCAUCAAGAAUUUCUUGACGUCGAAGAAGUGAUUUGCGAACAAUCGGUUCCUAUCGGUGACGAGGUUUUAAAGAAUGACACGAAUGAGAAAUUGUUGCCAAAUGAGACUCAAUGCGAGAACAUAGAGACCAAUGCUUCGAAAACAUUGUCUCCAAAGCCGACCAAUACAUCCCCUGUCGAGAAAACAAGGAGAAAGACCGCCAAAAGUGGCCGUCGAGUCGAUGGUGUCUCUGAAGAUGACUAUCAGUCGCCGCCGUCGAGCGUCAACUCAAAGACUAAUGCAUCGAAAGAAGACUCCAAACAAUUGGUCCCAAAUCUGGAUGAGUCGCUCAAUGCUAACGUCGAGAAUGAGACCAAUCCUUGUCCUGUCGUUGGAUCCACGCCUCAAGUUUUUGAAUUGCCCUCAAAUAACGUUAACUCAAGUGUUGUACAAAACCCCAAUCGGAGGACAUUAUUACGAAUAUCAACGGCCGGGUCUGUGAUGACGGGCGACACGACUGGAACGCAAAUGGGGGCCCAAUCCUCAAAGAUAGUACAUGUGAAAGACAAAUCAAAAGCUCAUUUGACUCACUGUAUGUGUUCUGCGAAACCACUUAUCGAUAGCUCACAAAAAGAUAUAUCUAAAGGAAAACCACUGUUUUGUCAGGCGAUCGACUGUUUUGAUGAAAAGUUGAUUGGGUGCUGCAAUCAGGUGCGACUCACCUCUUUGUUCCGCUCUUCAAAACGAGUUCCGUAUCGUAUUCUAUGUGAAGUACAUUUGGCGAGACUGCGGCGACACCACUGCUGUCCCGGUUGUGGUUUAUUCUGCACUCAGGGAGAGUUCAAUGAAUGCUUUUGUGUUAAAAAGCAGAUCCACUUGUUUCACAACAAGUGUCAGGUCGAGCGCCCACACGAUCCUAAGACACAACAUUGUCUUCAUUGUGGAAACAUAUCUCCAGAGCGCACCGUUAGACUCGAGAUGAACGGUCCCCUCACUAACAACACAUAUUACUUACAGCAGACGUCUAUUCUUAAAACACCUAAAGCGCGAAUAGCUAUGACUAAAAGGAAAGGCAAACAGAAAACACAAACGCCUUCUCAAGAGUAUGAGGAACCGGGCAUUGAGUAUACCAUUCCUGCCACACAAAAGACGCUCUCUUUAGCGGGACUUCCAUUUGGUCCGCAACGCAAACAACUGGAAGAGCUUUUACUGAACUUAUCGGCCGAUAAACAAUCGAUUCGACUAACAAUACAACACAACAAGAAUUUUUAUGCGGUCGCCAAAAGUGGUGAAGUGGACAAAGUGUUAAGCAUUUUAGCUCAGGGCUUUGAUCCUAACUUCCCCUUUGAAGACAAUGACAACGAGACACCUCUUCAUACGGCGGCUAAUUGUGGCCAUAUAUUAGUUGUUCACCUAUUGAUACAGUCGGGCGCUAACCCUAAUGUUCUGAACAAAAACAUGACAACACCUUUAAUGCAGGCCAUUGAACAUAAACACAAUGUUGUCGUCAAAUACUUGAUUAAUUCGGGCGCUUCUCUCGACAUCAGAGGAGAGGAUGGCAUGACUUCAUUACAUAUCGCCGCCAAAUGCGGUAAUAUAGAGGCCGUUCAUUAUAUCCUCAAUUCGGGAAAGAUUAACGUUAAUCUUCAGGAUGAGGGCGGAUGGUGUGCAUUGGUGUGGGCCACAGAACACAAGUAUUAUAAUAUCGUUAAACUAUUGGUCAGCAAAGGAGCCGAUCCUAACAUAGAGGACGACGAAGAGAAUGUUGGUCUUCAUUGGGCGGCUUUUUCUGGUGAAACAAACAUUGCAUUUAUGUUCUUAGAAAUGGGCGCUAAUGUCAUAAACCAGACCAAUAUUCACGGCGACACUCCUCUACAUAUCGCCGCUCGAAGAGAUAAUUACGAGUGUGUCGUUCUACUACUCUCUCGUGGGGCAGACAUUACAUUAAUGAAUAAAAAUAACGAAUCGCCGCUUCAGUGCGCGCCUAAAGAUAGCGAAUCGGAAAUGGCUUUGAAAGUGAAUCAAGAAUUAAAACGAUUUUCAGUAAAACGUCAACUAAAUAGUGAAAAACUAUUGCAUAGAGAUUUGUCUAAAGGCAAAGAAUACUAUCAAAUACAAGUGGUUAAUGGUUUCGAUAACGAGCCCUAUCCUAUCGACUUCAUGUAUGUGACUGACAAUUGUGAGGCCUCGCAGAUCAACAUUGACCGCACCAUUACUUCUCUUCAGAGCUGUCAAUGCGAGGACGACUGUACGUCACAGAAGUGUGUUUGCGCUGCCAUUAGCUUCAGGUGUUGGUACGAUAAAGAGGGCAAACUAUUACCUGAGUUCAAUCUAAUGGACGCCCCCAUGAUAUUUGAGUGCAACCGCGCCUGCAGUUGUUGGAAGACAUGUAACAAUCGUGUCGUUCAAUAUGGCGUUAGAUCUCGUCUACAAGUGUUCAGAACGGAAGGCAAGGGAUGGGGUGUCCGAGCGCUCAGAGAUAUUCCUAAAGGAACCUUUGUUUGUGAAUAUGUUGGAGAAAUCAUCAGUGAUUCUGAGGCCGAUAGACGUGAAGAUGACUCCUAUUUGUUUGAUUUAGACAAUAAGGAUGGCGAGACCUACUGUUUGGACGCCCGAUUCUAUGGCAAUAUCUGUCGAUUUAUAAACCAUUUAUGUAACCCUAAUCUAACACCAGUGAAAGUGUUUGUUGACCAUCAGGAUCUAUCAUUUCCUAGAAUUGCAUUAUUUAGUUCCAGAGACAUCAGAGCCUAUGAAGAGUUGGGUUUCGAUUACGGGGAGAAGUUUUGGGUCAUUAAAUACAAGACAUUCACCUGUAGUUGUGGUUCAGAUGACUGCAAAUACAAUAAGCAGACAAUUCAUACAACUAUUGAGAACUACUAUAAAAGGCUUCGCGACGAACAGCUCUCUAUUUCCAGUCCUAUUGACACCUUAUAUCACGAAUGAAUGAUUUCAUUAAUUCUAACCACAUAUACAACAAACAAUUCAAUCAUCUUUUCUCUAAAUUUAUUUAAUAUAUUAUAAGUUUAUUUCAUUUAAUAAUUAUAUUAAUCCAUCAAAUCUAUAC